AUGUCGGACACUACAGUCACAAAAGAGGUCGAUCCUGGCUCUGGCGAUUUCUCGACCGGUACGGAAACCCCUGAUCUUGAAGGACGAUUGAACGAGCACAAAGAUGCCUUCAUAGAUCAGCCUACAUGGGACUGGGAAGAUGAUCCCGAAAACCCAUAUAACUGGCCAACAAAUAUGAAGUUUCGACAAGCCCUAAUGAUCUCAUGUGCGGCAUUCACAACCUCCCUUGGGACAUCAAUCUUGACACCAGCACACACAGCGUUCAUGGAGGAGUUUAAUGUCGGCAGUACGGUUGCCAUCCUGCCCCUAUCGCUUUAUGUAUUUGCCUUGGCUCUGGGACCAGUGGUAGGAGGCCCUCUAUCAGAAACCAUCGGCCGAUAUCCCGUGUACAUCGGUGCCGUAGUCUUCGGCAGCCUGUUCACUAUUGGUAUCGGGUUCAGCAACACGAUAGCGUCCGUCUGUAUACUGCGAUUCCUCGCGGGAUUUUGCUUUGCGCCAGUAUUGGCAAUCGCUGCGGGGACAAUCAAUGAAACGUGGAGACCUGCCAAGCGAGCGAUUCCUUCGAUAAUAUUCAUUUUGACACCAUUUUUGGGCCCUGGUAUAGCACCAGUUAUUGGUAGCUUCAUUGUUGCCCGAAAGGGUUGGCGUUGGACACAAUGGACGCUUUUAUUUUUCGCGAUAUUCACCAUGUUCACACUCCUCACUGCCCAGGAGACUUUUCAUCCAAUUAUCAAGCGUCGUCGUGCUAAGAAACUCGGGUUGCCAGUACCGCCAUCACAGCCGCUGUCUUCAAGAAUUCACCUUUUCAUGACGAUAGCGCUCAUUCGACCGGUGCAGAUGCUUUUCACCGAGCCUAUCGUAGCUUUCAUCUGCCUAUAUGUGGCUUGUGAAUUUGCCACACUUUUCUCGUUCUUUGCGGCGGUCCCGCUCGUAUUUGAAAGCGUAUAUAGAUUCGACCUCGAAAAAUCAGGCUUGAUAUUCCUAUCCAUAGUUGUUGGAUGUUUGCUCGGUGCUUUCACAGUGUUGCUAUGCGAUAUAUUCUUCUACCGUCCAAAGUCGGCAAAGCACCCACCAAACCAAGCGCCUCCGGAGUUGCGCCUAUACCCAGCCAUGAUUGGGAGCUUUGGGUUGCCCAUUGGUCUGUUCUGGUUUGGCUGGACAUCCAGGGUCGAUAUUUCGUGGGCCAGCCCAGCCGUGGCGGUUAUGGUCUUCGCAUGGGGCAACUUGUGUGUCUUCAUUGGCACAACACAGUAUCUCGUUGACACGUAUCGCGGUAUCACGAUAGCCAGCGCGAUGAGUGCAAACAGUUUGGCUAGAUAUGGACUUGCAGGAGUAUUCCCACUGUUCACAAUUCAAAGUACGUACGCGUUUGAAAACGACGAGACCAGACGACUGAUUGCCCCACUAGUGUUCACAAAACUCGACAUUGCGUGGGCCUCGAGCUUGCUUGGGUUUAUCGCGAUUGCGCUUUUGCCCGUGCCUUGGAUAUUCUUCAUGGGCGGGAAGAAGCUAAGGGACCUGAGUAAGUUUGAGGGGCGUGAGGGUUUGGAAUAG